AUGAAUGAAAAAAAGUGGAAGAGGAUGACUCUUCCAACCCUCAAGACAACACCACCAGUACCGAUUCCCAAUGAUGGGAGCAAAGGAUUCGACAAUGGUGAUGGAAAGAAGCCCCGCGUCUUCGCCAAAGCGCUUCGUUCACUCAGCAAUUCCUCCAUGGAGUCCAUGUCACCGAGCCCAUCUCGAAGCUCAUCCUCUAUGCGACGCCUACAAAAGAGCAAUUCUGGCUCGGGUUCCAUGAUCGACAGGAUACACCGUCGAGUAUCGAUCGCCUCGCCAAUGAGCGCGUCUGCUCCCGAAUUUGCGGCGAUUGCCCCUGACGUGCCUUACUCUUCAAUGGAACUUAUUCAAUCUGGACCACUCAAGACUGAUGUCACACUCCUAAAGGCCCGUGCCGAGUAUCUGGUUUUGACAGACACUUGCUUGAUCAAAUUCGGAGGUGUAGAUAGCGCAAAAGCUACUUUUCCGCAGAUCAGGACAGGAGAUGGAACGCUGAAACCUAGCAGUUCGCACAGUACAAGCAAAUCAUCAUCGGAUGUACGCAUGGAGAUCCCUCUGCGUUCCAUUGUGGGGGUUUUUAACGAAGAAGGCUCGAGCCCGCGAUUUGGCAUCGAAAUCUGGUGGUUUUCGCAGUGGCCCAAACUGGCAUACUCAAAGGCACACCUGUUCUUUAUGUUGCCCAAGGAUCGCGAUGACUGGCUGGCCAACAUUCAAAGGACUUGCAGAAUCAGUCACAGACGAUCACCGUCCCAAUCCUUAAUACCCAGCAACCUGAGAGCGAGAGUCAACCACAUUGUGGAGACCACAGAACCUGACUCGAACACAAAUGUCUCAAAAAUCUUGACAUUUCCUGUCGUCAAGCGUACGGUUGGCGCACUCCAGAAGGCCAAUUCAAGUGACGACUCUCAGCACUUCUCAGAUGGGUCCUCGUUCUACAUUGUUAUUGGACCAUCUAUGUUAUACUUCAUCGAGGUCCUAAAGGCAGAUUAUACAACUUCCCCUGGUGACUUGCGUGUCAAGGUUCAGUCCUAUGGAACAGUUUCGCUGAUACGGUUUCGGGCCUCUGUUGCGUCGCAUGAGCAACGAUUUGUCAUGAGCUUUCGACUACCCCUUGGUCGCGAAAACCGACUCGAGCUUGCAAGCGUUCAUUAUCGACAUGUCAUUGAGGCCAUGACCAAAGUAGACCGAGAGUUGAAACCCAUGUGGCCACAGCAUUUGCAAAAGGCUAUUUUCGAUAUCAAGGGUCUUCCUCCACCACUUCAAUUGACCUCUGGAAACGAUUUGGGAGGUCUCGAGCGAAGCUUACACGCCUACUGCGCCGCUUUCAAGGUCCAGGUUCCAAGCUGGACAAUCGAAUGGAACACACCCUCCCAACCAGCCUUCCGCCUUUUACCUCCUACCAACCAGCCAUAUUCUACUCUGCAAUUGCUUGCAAUGUUCAGGGCCUUACGCUACAACAGUUAUUUCAAAGAGCUGUCUUUCCGCAACAUCGAUUUAUCUGGUCUUGCCGGGAAGAAGGACUACUCGCAUUUUGGAGAUACCAUUGCCUACACAUCACUGAAUGGAGUUAAGAUCUCUGAAGAGCAUUAUGAUAUCCUCAUGCAAUCUUCUGUCCUCAGCCAAGAGAUUCACGCUCUGGCGUUUUCAUCCGAAUCGAUACGAAGCAUGGACCUGAAAAACAUCCUAGGCCCACGGAGCAUCGUUGGUCGUUCUAAAGACCCUGAGGGUGCCCGCAGAGUCAGUUCGGAGGUCUUGCGACCCAUCCUACUCUUGCUAAAGCGCCAGGCAUGUCUUUGCCAUAGCAUUACCAUGUCUGGUAAUCUCAUUGCGCCAAGUGACAUUGAGGAACUAGCCAACGUUCUCGUUCUUGACGAGGUCUACAUGAAGAAGAUUGACGUAUCUAAUUGUGGCCUUGGUGAUGAGGGUCUUACUACUCUCUGGACGGGUAUCCCAGGUCAAGGUGCCAACCUUCAACACAUCGACACCUCGGAGAAUCAGGGUACAGUCAAGUUCGAGAUUAUUCAUAACUCGCUUAGUCAACUUCAAGCUAUAAGGAAGCUGAACAUAGCUGGGAACACAAGGAUCCCAUACGAUGUCCCGUUAUUCGAGGACUACGUGCUAAACUCUUGGUGUCUAGAGGAGCUUGACUUGUCCGGAAUUGCUCUCAACGCUCCAACCGUUGACAUCUUGACCGCCUACUUAGCAUCACAAACUUCGGAACGUCUUCGUGUUCUUCGGUUGAGCAAAUGCGGUCUAACAGGUGCUCAAAUCGCCCAGAUGUUCUAUGCAAUGGGUCAAGGUAGACAGAUCACACUUUACAUCAACGGCAACCGCUUAGACGAGGGUAUCGACGAUUUAUGUGCUGUCAUUAGCGAAUGUUUUGGGCCCUGGGGCCUGUUCGUCCAGAUGGUCGAGUUUGCUUUAGAGUCUAAUUACAUCAAACUUCUGGAGGCGUUGACCGUCAACAACACAAUCGAAUGCCUGAGUCUUGCUGGUACCGCCACUCCUGACUCGGCCAGUGAGACGGCCUGCAGAGCACUCUCAAAUUUGUUCUCGCAAAACCACACAAUCAGGUUUCUCGACCUUUCUGGGUUUGAUGCCAAAUUAGAUGAGGGUCGUCUUGGUCGGGGCUUCUCCAAAUCUCUUGGCGGCCUUCGUUCCAAUACAAGCCUAGAACACCUGCGCGUACGCAGUCAAAUGCUGAACGUCAACAUCGGAGACCUGGCUGAAGCCAUCUCUACUAAUAAGACGCUCCACAGCUUGGACUGCGAGGGCAAUGAUUUCAACCUCUCUAAUUUUAGACAUCUCGUACGACAUUUGAGCGACAGUACGACAAUUCGCUAUUUUUCAGCUUUCUCGGAUCGAGAUCUUGCACAGACAAUUCAAAAGUCCGUGGACAGUGCUGUCGCGACUGCAACGACGUCUGUACGCAGACAGUCCAUGAUUUCCAAGCUGCGACAUGAAAAGGCCCCGCAGAACGCCAGUGAUCCCCUGGCGCAACAAUUGCGAGAAGGGUGGGAAGACGCAGUUCACACACAGCAAGAGGUUUUAGAGAGGAACCGACUUCUUUUUCAAGAAGGUGAAGAUGGCCGUUUCGACUCAGGCCAUGACGGGCACCUUCUUUGCGAGGGUGAAGAGGACUUCUCCAAAGCAUUCGGCGGGUUGGCACUGCUGGCUUUCGAGUCCAAGAGGGCAUUGAAUCGUCGCAAUUCCAGCCCGUAUUUGAACAACAAGAGGGCCAGCAUGAUCUCACUGGGUCCAGCUCGUCUGGUCAGCGCGGAGCCAGGCCCCAGAGUUGCGAGAUCUUGGUCAAGAUCACACUCGAUUGUCUCGAGUGAAGGGGGUAUUAGUGCAGCAGAGAGCCCAAGCACAAGUUCAGCGGUUCCAACCCCUCCGGAGCCAGACAGCCCAGUCGACAAAGAGUACCUAGUAGGGGACCAGCAGAACGGACAUGAUGAUGGCCUCGAUUACGAGUACAGCUUUGCGGAUCCUCAAGACACUGAUUUCGGAUUGGAACUACGAGCCCAUCGACGAUUCUGGAGCGAUGAGGCUGGGUGUAUUGAAGAGGAGGACCAUGGAGUGCAGUUUGACGAACGGCGCACGUGA